AUGUUACUUAUAAUCGGUUGCCGAAUUUACUUUCAACCCAUAAAAGAAGUAUGUAAUUGUGAAACAAAGCUGCAUGGAAAAGUGGCUUUAGUGACCGGCGGCAACUCUGGUAUUGGUAAGGAGACGGCCAGGGAUCUGGCGAGACGUGGUGCAAGGGUCAUCAUAGCCAGUAGAGAUAAUAAGAAAUCAGAAGCUGCUGUCAAUGAUAUUAUCUACACAACUGGCAACGCAAACGUUCUAUACAGACAUCUAGAUCUAGCUAAGGUCGAAAGUAUCAGACAAUUUGCGGAAGAUUUUAAAGACGAAGACAGAUUGGAUAUUCUAGUCAAUAAUUCUGGUGUUGGUGGUCUGAAGAAUAAAUGUAACGAGAGAAACAUAGACGUGAUCAUGCAAAUCAAUUACUUCGGGCCGGUUCUUUUGACAAAUUUGCUGUUGGACAAAUUGAAAAAAUCAGCGCCAAGUUGA